AUGACCAAGAGGAAGAACCAAGGACAGAUAGGUGUGGAGGAGUGUGUUGAUAAAAGAGAAGACGAGAUUGAUGACAGUUUGUCUUCAGAUGAAGACGAGAAUGAUGUUGAAGGUGUUGCUUCAAAUCCAGCAGCUGUGCCGUAUCCGAAAGACAGUGAGUGGACUGCAGUUGACACCUACCGACCUCUGCCUGUCAACACGACACCCAGGCAGAUACUAGUGGAUAUUGAUGAGUCGAGUUCUGUACUGGAUUGCAGUAAAGUGUUCCUUACUGACAGUGACGUAAAUGAACUCAAGAGACAGACAAAUUUGUAUGCAUCACAGACAAUACAGAAGAAAAGAAGAGGAAAUAAUCUGAAGCCCCAUUCAGUUUUGAGUUCGUGGAAGCCAGUGACUAUAAGUGAGAUGAGGCGUUUCUUGGGUAUUAUUUUCCACAUGUGUGUUUCGAAAAAGCCCAAAAUUGCGGACCAUUGGAGCACUAAUCCUGUUCUUAGUUGUAACUUUUGUCCCCAUGUCAUGAGCCGUUUGCGUUUCACUCAGAUACUGUCAUGCUUGCAUCUUGUUGACAAUUCAAAUCAGAAAAAACCAGGCGAAGAUGGAUUUCAUCCACUUUACAAAGUUUUGCCAUAUUAUAAUAAUUUGAAGGAGCGAUGUAUCCAGGCAUAUCGUCCCUCAGAAAAAGUGACAAUUGAUGAAGGAAUUUGCCCAUUUCGAGGUCGUGUGAGUUUCCGUGUUUACAUGCAAAAUAAGCCUCAUAAGUAUGGACUGAAAGUAUAUGCUGUUGCUGAAGCCAGUAGUGGCUAUGUUGUAAAUUUUGAAGUUUAUGCUGGUAAGCAUAUUGUUGACAAUUCUUCGUCUGCGGUUAUUUUGCGAUUGUUGUCUGACAGCAGCUUGCUGAACAAAGGCCACACUGUGUAUUUAGAUCGAUUUUAUUCCAGUCCAGAGCUAUUUCAGCAACUGGCAGAGAAAGGCACUGGAGCUGUUGGUACUGUGAACAAAUCCAGGAAAGGAUUGCCUAAAGAUUUAGUAUCUGCUAAGCUGAAAAAGGGCGAAAUGUCUUUUCGGCGUAAAGAUAAUGUAUUGGCAAUGAAGUGGAAAGAUAAGAGAGAUGUGUAUACAUUGUCUACAAGGCAUCAAGCAACAUUUGGUACGCAUACUAAGAGAAAUGGGUCUGUAGUAUUGAAACCACUUCAGGUACUUGAUUACAACCUCAAUAAAAUUGGAGUGGAUAUUGGAGACCAACGCCUGCAGUACAAUCCGUUCCAGCACAGAACUGUGAAAUGGUGGCGAAAAUUAUAUUUCCAUUUGCUGCUUAUGGGAGUAUCAAAUGCAUUUUGGCUGUACAAUGCAGUGCACAGGAAGAAAAUUACAAUAACAGACUUUAUAACAGUGCUUGCAGUUCAGCUUGUUGAAGACGACACACUUGAAUUCAUUCCAAGAAAUGAAGGAACUGUAGGUCGGCUAACAAAGAGACAUUUUUUGCAGCACAUACCUGCAACUACUAAGAAGUAUGCUGCUCCUCUGGCACCAACAUCAACACUAGUUGCAUCUACAGUCAGACCUGGUCAGCUUGCACACCGGCCACACCCACAGAGACCACCGCACAGCACUCACUGUGCAAGACCCAGCCAACCAACAGUUGCUGAGCUGCUCCAACCUCAGCCAAGCCCUCUCAAGCUGUGCCUGCAGCUGGCUCACAAGACGCUGCUGCAGUGA